GGUUGGAAGGUCAAGUUGACGAGUUUGUAGCGCCACCCAGAGGGAGGGGCCUGGGGAUUUAGAGUGGGCUGGGAGGCUGGGAUGAGGGACAGGGAGAAGGGCCAAACUGGGUGGCGUGGACGCUGGAGUGAGGUGUUACAAAUAGGUUUAAGACAGGGAUGGAAACUAAUUCUGGGCUGAAAUCCUGGAGCUGGGACAAGCACAAGCAUUUGGGUAGUACUUGGGUUCGAUGACUCGGAGCUCUAGAGGGUAGACCGAAGCUCGGCUUUCUUGGAAGAGUUUGAGACCGCUUUCUCUGAAGUAUUUGGAAGGAAAGGAGGUUGAGAGGCCCUUCUGUCAAGUUAGCUCCACUGGGCAAGAGAGCAGGAGCUCCACCUACGUGAAAAGAAACUCAGUGUCCUGCAGUGUUCGCUGUCCCCUGCCUGCAGGCUGCCACCAUGAGGUUGAAUCAGAACACUAUGUUGCUGGGGAAGAAGGUGGUCCUGGUUCCCUACACUUCAGAGCAUGUACCUAGGUACCAUGACUGGAUGAAAUCAGAGGAACUGCAGCGUUUGACAGCUUCAGAGCCACUGACCCUGGAGCAGGAAUAUGCGAUGCAGCGCAGCUGGCGGGAGGAUGCCGACAAGUGCACCUUCAUUGUGCUGGACUCAGAGAAGUGGCAGGCCCAGCUGGGCCCUGAAGAGAGCUGCAUGGUGGGUGAUGUGAACCUCUUCCUCACGGACCUGGAAGACCCCACCUUGGGGGAGAUUGAGGUCAUGAUUGCAGAGCCCAGCUGCAGGGGUCGGGGCUUUGGCACUGAGGCUGCUCUCCUGAUGAUGUCUUACGGAGUGACCAAGCUAGGCCUGACCAAAUUUGAGGCCAAAAUUGGGCAAGGAAAUGAACCUAGUAUCCGAAUGUUCCAGAAGCUUCACUUUGAGCAGGUGGCUCUGAACAGCGUCUUCCAGGAAGUGACGCUUAGACUGGCAGUGAGUGAACCUGUGCGGCAGUGGCUUCUGGCUCAGACCAGCCAUGUGGAGGAGAAGGCCUAUAGAGAUGGGUCAGCAGAGCACCAGUGACAGCCAGGCCCUGGCCACCACUCUGCAGGACCUGGGCCAUUGGGGCCAGCCAUUCCAAGGACCAGAGCUCUUUGUGGGAGAUAAAUAUGUGCUUCAGACUUGGGCUGGGUUUGCCGUGGCCUCUCCCUGGCUGGCAGUGGCUGAGCCAAUUCCUCUUCACCUCUCUGCCAAACUGACUCACAUGUUCCUGGAGUGCAUGGCAAGAAUCUACCGGCAAGGGCAGGGUGGAGGUGGGAUGGACAGGCCUUUCCUCUUCAAGACUGAACGUACCCCACAGGGCUGCCACCCUGGGUGCAAGUAAAGCACUGGGCUGAUGAGCUCCCUGAUUUUCACUUGGCAAGCAUGAAGUACCGGGAGCUCAGUAUCAGUGCCCGCCCUGCGGAGUACUGGUUCUGUGGUCAGCAGCAGGCCAGUGUGACCCUGGAGACCAGGUGCACUCGUAAGGGCGCCAGUGGUGCAGCCCCGCCCCCUUUCCUCAUUUUUAGAGCCAGAAUGCACAGAACUAUGUUUUGUCUACAGACUUGGCUGGAAUACUGUUAGUGAGCCUCCUACUCAGCUGCUGGCUGCGAGGGGAAGCCACUUAGCCCAAUCCUGGAGGACCAGCCUUCUGUCCCUGCGGCUCUCCCACAUCAGCUGCAAAGGCAGCUUGCCCACAAGGGGGCAGUGGAGGCACAGGGAUGCCCAGGCUGCUGAGGCUUAGCAGAGUGGCACCAGCUUCCCUCAGGAAACACUUUACUCCCAAUUGUCCCUCAUUCUUCAUCACCUAGGGUGGCACCGCUGUGGAGAAAGGUUAGGCAUGUUUCCAAAACAGUCAUAGAGGGCAGUCUGUGGGGCACCUUUGAGAGGGGAACCAAUUCCAAAUACUGUGACUUGAAGCCCGUUGGCUCGGUCACCUCUUCCCAGAACGUAGCUGAAAUCCUGUAGAACUGCUCUGGUCCCCUGCGUACCCUGCUCUACUCCUUUAGCAACUGGUUUCCUCUGAGCCACUGACCUGUCCCUGUCUCCGGCCGAUCAGUCAAAGGUUCCCCAGAGCUUCUCCACCCAGCAGGUGAUGUAGGGAGGUGCCCUUCUAAGCCCUAUGGGGCAAUCCAUGGGGAGGGGCACUCCAUGAGGGAUCAAAGGGUCAGCAGAGGGUUGGGUAAAGGGAGGCCAGGUAGAGGGAGCAGGACACAGAAUGAUGAGUGCUGUGAUAAGGUUCUGGAUGGUUCCAUUAAAGGCUAGUAGAAUCCAAACCCUAAAGAACCAGAUGGCCAGAUAAGACUGACCCUUCUCUCUACUCUGAGGGUGCUGUCUUCCUGAACUUGUUCCCCUCAGUCCGGGCACCUGGUUCUGAGUGGUCUCUCUGUGAGCUGAGUGGAGAGAGGAUAGCUGAGGGUCAGCUUCCCUUCCUUCUGAGCACUGCCCUAGGCCACCUGACAGACUUCUAGAUGUGGUGUCAGGUGCCUGAGGUGUAAGGGACCUGCCUUUUUGCCCUUGGAAAAUCCCCUCCAUGCAGCUUUGUCACACAGCAUAUUUUGGGGCUCAGUGGACCAGUUUUCCCUUGGGGCUGGACAACAGCCCUCCAGCUGGGCUAGUGGUCAGAUUAAGAUAAAGUAUCCAGUGCCAGCUCAGCCUGCUCCUGGGAAUCCUGUAGCCAACACCAGCUCCAAACCCAGCUGCAUCCCCGCUUCACACCUGCAGCUCUCUUGGAAUGAGGAGCCUCAGAGCCCUCUGAGGGUGUGGGCUCACCACCUCCGGAGUUCUCCAACUAAGCACCUGGGGCCCAGGGAGUCGACUCCGGGCAGGGCGCCUGAGCAGCUGCGGAAUCCAGGCCCUCAGGUUAGAGUUACCUCGUUGGUCCUUGCUCCAGCCAUGGCCUACCCUCAGCCAGAGGCCACUUGGCUACCCUUUCCCACUUCCUACUCCACAGAUGUACAUGACUGCAGGACAAAGCUUCAAAGGAAGACACGGAGGCUGAUGCAGUAGAGGAGCGAACUUGGUUUCAGAAGCAGUUUCUUUACAGUGGCGGUGCCUGGCUCAGGGAUGGCAGGGGGCAGCCGAGGCCUCCCCAGGCUGCCCAGGCUCCAGGAGUGGGACUAGAAACAAAAAUUUAAGGCAGAGGCUGCUACUGUGCCUCAGCUAUUAAUGACAGGAAAACCAAGGAAACAAAAAUCCUUCUGAACUCUGAUACUGCACUCUUUAAAAAACAGAAAAAGGAAAGGAAAAUCAACAAAA